CUUUUCCUUUCUUGGUCGACGAAGAAAAUGUCCUACCGGCAUCAUAGAAAGCAAACGAUAUCCAUUUAUGGCAGUAGGUCGAGCGGGAAGUAUGAGCCCCGAUUGGGAUGGAGUGGGACGGACGGUAAGAUAUGUCGACGUAUCUCAUCAAGGAAUUGGGAUUUAGAGGGACGUUUAACCCUAUGAUGGUGCGGUGUUUUCCACCCUCUGUUUGAGUGAGCAUGGACUGAUCACGCUAACUGCAACGUUCGCAGGGUACGGAGCACAGAUCCCGUAUGCCCAUGCGGCCCACCGGAGUCUACAGAGUCUUUAGAACUCCUACCAGAUAUCGGAUGGGCAAGCGCUAUCCCCUUUCGCCUCGCGGACGUUAACAUGGAUAUACAGGGCUCAAGCCUCUACUUCACAGACCUAGCAUACCGCGACGAGGUACGUACUCUACCGUUCAACACUUCUCCCCCACAAGCCUUGCUAUAUAUCUCCUCCUCAUGUCCCACCCCGCAAAACAGAACUGGGGCCACACUCCGCUCGCACCUGGUAUUGUGGCCAAGCCACCAUCGGCAGCUAUGUCCUCAUCUAGUGCGACAUAACCAUUCCCCCAACAAGAAACAAUGCUGGCAUCGAAUACAGAUGUAUCCACACCUUCAACAAAUCCACCCGCCGCUUCCUCCUCUUCUCCUGCAUCAACAACGCUGUUGCUAUUUUUUCCCACGACAAUGAUGGGAGGUCGCUACGAUCCCCGCCCCAACUGGGCGAUCUAGCACCGAGCACGAUGAGGAUUGUGGUUAAAGGACUGGGCGUGGACAUUCAUGUUAUAGUUGGGAGGAAGAUUGUUGGAAAUCAACGGGCGCACAUGGGGUGGUUUGGAAUAGUGGAAGGAUGUGUUUACCGCGAGUAUAUGAGGAGGGAGAGUAUGGCGAUCAUAGAAUAAAUGGUUUUGCAGCGAUGA